GCGAAGGUGGGAGGGAUUUGCAGGCAGCAGCCGGUGCCGAAGUAUAAGACGAGGAAGGCGAGCGUCGCGUGUGAUUCUGCGGCGAGUGCUUGGUAUUCACGUGUGUCGUCUGAGAAGAAAGACUUGAAGCACAGUUGAAAAAUGCCCACCAUCAGGAAUUUGACUUGUGCUGUUAAAUAUCUGUUGAACAAACCUGGCUGUGGUUGUCAGGUUGCUCUUGUGCCAGCUAGAUGUCUUAGCAUUUCACCCCGGCAAGUGCCAUCAGAUGCCAGCUUUCAUUCAGUAUGUUUUUCAGAAACUGAUCAUCCACGGGUGUUAAUUACAGGGGGACUAGGCCAGCUUGGAGUAGGACUUGCCAAACUGUUAAGAAAACGCUUUGGAAAGAACAACGUGAUUUUGUCAGAUAUUAGAAAGCCCCCUGAUAGUGUCUUCUAUAGUGGUCCUUUUAUCUACUCUGAUAUUUUGGAUUAUAAGAAUCUUCGUGAGAUAGUGGUAAACAACAGAAUUACUUGGCUAUUCCAUUACAGUGCUUUGCUCAGUGCAGUUGGAGAAGCUAAUGUCCCUUUGGCAAGAUCUGUGAAUAUUACUGGACUGCACAACAUUCUUGAUAUAGCUGCCGAGCAUGGUUUGCGUCUCUUUGUUCCUAGUACAAUUGGUGCCUUUGGACCAACUUCUCCUAGGAAUCCAACCCCUGAUCUCUGCAUCCAAAGGCCAAGGACAAUCUAUGGAGUUUCCAAGGUUCAUGCUGAACUUAUGGGAGAGUACUAUCAUUAUAGGUAUGGACUAGAUUUCCGGUGUUUAAGAUAUCCUGGCAUUAUCUCAGCAGAUUCCCAGCCUGGUGGAGGAACAACUGAUUAUGCAGUCCAAAUUUUCCACGAUGCUCUCAAGACUGGAAAGUUCCAGUGUAAUCUUAAACCAGACACCCGCUUGCCAAUGAUGUAUAUCGAUGACUGUCUUAGAGCUUCUUUGGAGAUCAUGGAAGCACCUGCUGAGCAGCUGAGCAUGAGGACUUACAACAUCAAUGCCAUGAGUUUUUCACCUGAGGAGCUGGUUCAAGAGGUCCAGAAGCAUAUUCCAGAACUUGAAGUUGCCUACAAUGUAGAUCCUGUUAGACAAGCCAUUGCUGAUAGUUGGCCAAUGGUUUUUGAUGACAACAAUGCUCGCCAAGAUUGGGGAUGGAAACAUGAUUAUGAUCUUCCAGACCUGGUGACCACUAUGUUCAACUUCCUUAGCUCUGUCCGUUCCGUUUCCAGAGUUGCUCAAGUCAGCUAAGUCUUUAUACGAUGCAGCCAUCAGAUGUCUCAGAGCACUUCAUCUACUAAGAAUUGAAGAGCCUGCUAUUUGAACAUGAUUAUUGACUUCUCAGUUCGCUUUUCUUUUUGUUGAAGAAAUAUACAUGCAUAUACAGUGUAUUUGCUAAAGAUAUGCACACAUACAUAUAUACACAUACGUGCAUAUACUGAGAAAAACUUUAUAUGUACUUCUGAAAGAUGUUUGUCUAUAGGGACCCUCAGGAAAUACUUGUUCAUUAGCUGCAAUUCUCCUAAUCCUAAAUGUUUAUUUGGAAUAUACUCUUCUUUUGUUAUUUUGUUUUUUUAGCACUAUGCAUGCUUCAGUAAGGAUUUGGAAGAAGUACUUUGGAACUCACAUGAACAUAUCAUCUUUUGCUAUUUAUUAAAGCAGCCACUUUUUUUUAAGAAUUCUAUCCAAACUUGACCAAAAAUGCUUCUGUAGAAGGCUGAAAAAAAUUGGGCUAGUGUAAUGAGUGAGCAGAGGUGCUGACCUUGUUUAAGCAUCAAAGCAUUUUCAUAUUCAUUUUGAAGUGUGCACAGGCUUAAAAACUACAGCUAAAACUAAAUUAAUGUCCUACCUUGAAUUUCCUGGGCUAUAAAAUGUAGAUGACAUGAGAAGAAGAGCAUUAAGGAGAGACUUCAUAGAAGAGAAGCAUAUUCUCAGCUCUUAGUUGGAACUGUGAUUUUCUGAUAGUUUGUUCUAUCUCUAAGUGCAAAUUCUCCUGAACUUCUUGCUCCCACAUUCAUAGAAAACUGAACACAACUAUACAGUUCUGGAAGGAUUAAGUAUUAGGUCUUACAUUUUUAUUAUUGUAAGCUCUCUUUGUCCACUAGAGCCCUCCUAUAAUAUUCACAGAGUGAAAUUGGUAUCAGGAUGCUAUAGUUUCUAAGCAAAUACACUUCUGCAUUGUUGCAAUAUCUGCAGCACUAAGAAGUAAAUGACAAGAAAAAAACAGGGAUUUCACGCAGUAUCCCUCCAUUUUUUCCUGACAUUUACUUCUUUGCAACAGUGCAAAGAAAAAAAUCACGCAAUAAUGAUAGCUGCAAGCUGGGCAGCUGGAAAAUUGCGCUUUGAUCAUUUUGGAUCUAUUACCUGAAUAUUGUGGAAAUUCAAACUAGAUUACAUUUAAAAAAUCAGAUUAAAUCUGUGAAUCUGUCAUUUGCUCCUUAUUUAUAAAUUAUGGUACUUUGGGAUAUGUUUCUGUGUUUUUAGGUAUUUUGGUAUCUGAAAAUAUAAGAUUUAAAACUACACUUUAAUUCUUUCCCCAACCUACUAUAAAUGUGUUCAGUUGCCUGUGGAAGUGAUUUUUUUUUCCCCUUCUCUGUUUGCUUUUGUUUUAUAUUGAUACCUUCAACAUUCCAUAGCCCAGGCUAAUUUAUAGACAGAUACUGUUUGCUUGACUUUGGGUAUUUUUUUUAUUCUGUACUGUAUGUCAAAGUAAGAUCAGUCCAUAGGAAACUUGGCCUUGAAAAGUACAAGGAAAUUAUAUGUGAAUCCAGAUAUUUCCUCAAGUUAGUGGUCAUUUUUUAGCAACUCUGAAUUAGUUUCCAAUCAAAGAACCCUAGACAGCAAUGUUUCCUUUGUUACAGUAUAAGCAUAUUUAACUUAUCUAUAUAUUGUGAAUUAUAUGCCCCUCAAUUUCAAAAAACUCUUGAGAUGCUUACAGAUGAUACAAAAAUAGAAAUAAUUAAAAGGAAAUAACUAAACCUAAUAAGAAUCACCACUGACACCAAGGAAAAUAGUACUGGCAAUAAUGUUCACCAUUGCAAGAAGGGAAUUCCUGAGGAUCAGUCCUCAAAGACUUUCCAGAACAGUCUGAGUUUGGCAGCUUUCCUGAACACAAAGAGUUGGUGCUUUUCCAAACAUCUAGGUUCAGGGUCACUCUGUGAUAAGAAUAGGGGAUUGUUUUUGUACCAUUGUUGUGGGCUUUCCAAAGGCAUGCUUUGGACAAAAUGGAGUGGAAUAUAUGAACAUUUUAAUCUACUCAGUGGCCUAUAUCUCCAUAUGAAGGGGACUGCAUGAUGCACAGUUGUCUUUUAUAGGUUCUUUAGAUUUUAGAUGUGUUUUUUAUCCCACUUUUAUUAUUUUUAUAAGUCAUUCAAAAUGGUGGACCUACCUAAUACUCCUUUCUCCUCCUAUUUUCCUCACAACAACAGCUAUGUGAGGUGAGCUAAGCUGAGAGAGACUGACUGGCCCAAAGCUACCAGUCAACUUUCAAGCCUUAUUACCCCUUGAAUUCUCAGGAGAUAUAAGGUGGUACAUAUUUCAAUGUUUGUUACAUUUCUGUGCAUAUCUCAAGCACUUACACUGAAAUACAAUAUUGCCUACAUUUAAAAUUUCUCUGUAAUUCUAGCUCUAAGACAGGAUUUGGACUUUUGGUCAUAGCUGUUUAGAUUAUACUUUUGGCCCAAUGGGUCUGCUAAGCAAAACCCAAUCAAAUAAGUUUACAAUGUUAAGAACUUAAAAAUAAUUUCCACACACAGGUCACUUUGAUAUUGAAAGUAUUUUCUUUAUUAAAUACAAAUGUGCUGAGUUAACUACAUAAUUGUCUUUUUUUCUGUAAUAAGAAAUAAUUCAUAAGAAAGGUUUUUUUUUGUUCAGUCUGAUUUAUUCUAAAAUGCUGGAAGAUGACUAAGGCUAUUCUGGUGAGAUCAGAAUAUUAAAAUCAAAAUUCCCAUAUUUGGGCAAAGAUUUGGUCUGCGAGUUUUAGUUACUUUUUUAUGAAGGUAUUUAAAAAUUUUGUUUCCCUUAUGGAAUUUAUUAUAGUCAAACCUUUUUAUUACUCUGUAUGUCCAAUGACUUUAAUGGGAUGUUUUAUCAGUUCUGAAUUACAUAGUUUCUUUUAACAAGAAGGAAUAUUUGUCUCCAGAUUAAGAGUAAAAAAAAUAGUUUUCUCUCUUUCUCUGCCACUCCAUUGAAAGAUAUUAGUACUAUUUGAAUAAAGUUCUAAAUACAUGGA